AUGCUCUCUGCAAUUCCAAUGCAGCAACUUUCUAUUUCUAGUAAUGACCCUUCUCCACCUAGUAGUCCGGAUUCUAACAGCGACCGUCAUCCUAAUUCUCUCCUCACCGUCCCAGACAUUGACCGCAAUGGCACAACCUCACCCGCUAAACAUGGCCCUCUUCAUGACCUCAAACGUUUUCUCAAUCACCAUAUACCUCAUUCUCAUACUCCUUCCGCAUCUUCCAGCGCCUCACCAUCCUCCAACGCUUCGUCUUCCCAUACCCCUCCAGAGCCACAAAUUCAACCUGCAGAUCAGCGAAGGGGUAAUGAUUUCGACAACAAUGCCGUAAUACAAGCAGCUCCCAUGAUAACCACUCACAAGUCCUCGCCCUUCAGCUUCAUACACAAGGCCCGCAACCGCGACAAGGACAAAUCCUUCUCCCAAAAAUCUUCUCCUCCAUCCACCUCUCUAUCGUCUAAACAUCCAUCACAAAGUCCCCCAGGAACCCCUGCUGCUGUUCCGAUUAUUUCCCUCUCCGAAGCCACUCACGCUCAUCUAUCCAAAAAGUAUGGCAAGUGGGGCCGUGUACUCGGUACCGGUGCGGGUGGCACAGUUCGCCUCAUUCGUGCACGAACUAAAGCAGGAGGUGCCGUCUAUGCUGUCAAACAAUUCCGCCCAAGACGUUCCGGUGAAUCAGAGCGUGAGUAUGAGAACAAAGUUAGAGCUGAGUUCUGUGUCGGCGCCUGUUUAAAACACGUCAACGUCAUCGAAACAGUCGAUAUCGUCUGCGAUCAUGGUCACUACUAUGAGGUCAUGGAGUACGCUCCCUACGACCUCUUCAGCGUCGUCAUGUCUGGCCGCAUGCUACGUCCAGAAAUUUUCUGUGUCUUCCGUCAGAUCUGCAACGGCGUCGCAUACCUUCACUCUCUAGGCCUAGCGCAUAGAGAUCUAAAGCUCGACAACUGCGUCAUGACACAGGGCGACGUCGUUAAACUAAUCGAUUUCGGAACCGCUGUCGUCUUUGCCUAUCCUGGAACCGGCACAUCCAAUGGCUCUCUACCGGUUGUAGUCACAGGAUAUGUCAGUGGCGCCCUCAAUGCCCCUUGCCCUCUACAACCCCCACAUCCCAAUGAUCCACCAUCCGGUCCGCACUCCCAUGCAAGAUUGAUACCUGCCACGGGUAUAGUUGGCAGCGAUCCGUACCUCGCGCCCGAAGUCCUGGAAGGUGGCUCGUAUGAUCCUCGAAAAACCGAUGUGUGGGGCGUUGGCGUUAUUUUUGUCUGCAUGGUCCUUCGGCGCUUCCCAUGGGCAGUCCCUGACCGCGAGCGCGACAACUCAUUCAAAGUAUUCAUCGAGGCCGAAGCUUCUUACCCACUGCCGCGCCCUAAAUCCAAACGUAAACACAAGCGUCCAAAUGGCGCAAAACCUGUGUCCUCCGAUCCCCUUCCGUCAAGCCCCACCAUAAGCGCCCCAGAGAGUCCUGACUCUGUUCGAGACUCCCGAAGCACGUCCCUGGAUGUCCCGAGUACUCAUGUCGACGGGAUCAACGACAACAAGUCGGUGCUGUCGAAUGGGUCGGUAUAUGCCGCCACGGCGAGCACCCUCACGUUAUCGUCACCGGCUGGCAGUGAUUCAGGGAGCGAGAGCUCACCACGCCGGCGUGCGAUUGAGCUGGGAUUACCUAGUCCUGGUGCAAGGACAGCGACGCUGCCGGCGAUGUCUAGUUCGCAAUGUGCACACCUGACUGAGGGCGGGGAAACAGAUAAGAGCGUGUUGGUGUUUGCGCGCCCUGGAGUUUCUACGGAGAGUUUACCUGCGCUGAGGGCUGACAACCCGGACAUCAAGGAUACCAUCAAUGGGCAGGGGAAAGCCCCUAAGGAGCGGGAUUUCGCGCGGGAGUCUCUGACGCGCAAGGCCCUGGAGACGAAGGUCAAUGGUGUACGAGCCAACGGUAUAAAAGCGCCGUCAAUACCUGAGGAGGCUACUGCUUCAUCAUCAUCAUCUCCACCUACUGCUCAACCGUCACCACCAGAGCGCACGCUAACUUCCCCCGGAAGACGACCUCGUGCAUCGUCAACAACGUCACCAAACUCAAUAUUUCGGUUGCUACCGCGUGAAACGCGGCCUGCACUACGGCGGAUGCUGUGUGUAGACCCUAAGCUGCGCACAACCAUGGGUGAGCUACUGUGGGGCCGACGAGAAGCAGGUGGGAUUAUUGCGCUAGCGGAGGGGGAAGUAUGUGGUUGCGAAGAUGAGGAAUGCGAAUCUGAUACGGAAGAGCAAGAUGAUGAUAAUGUGGAUGAAGAUGGUGCGGAGGAUGAGGGGGACGGGGACGAGUGGGUGCGAAGUAUUGAGACGUGCACAGAGAGCGGUGCAGCCAAGCAUGUGCAUGUGAAGAUCCAGAAUGAGGAGAAGAGCUUCAAGAAAAGGUUUUUCUGA